UGAAACUGAAAGAAAUGAAAGUAAAAUCUGACGUGUCUCACUGCUGUUUGUAUAUAAGACAGAAGUUUGGGAUGCAGAACAGUUAACGGAAUGUAGUAACAUUAGGACCGAUGCAAAAUCUUUAUCAACUUUACACACUGAAAGACGGACGCCGUUGAAACAUCAAGAUCUUUAUAACACGUUAGAUCUGAUGAUGCGCAGACAGCGGGGAUCUAAUCUCGGCCUGCUCUUGCUGGCCACACAGGUUUUCCGGCUGGGUUUAGACAACAUCCCACCUGUUACUCUGGCAACAUUGGGACUCAAUGUCUAUUUAUUUCUAUUUCCACUCAAACCCUUGUUACAGACAUGUUUGAGUGUUCGAGAGGCAUACUGGUACAGAGACUGGUAUCGUUUGCUUCUAUCUCCGUUUCACCACGUCGAUGACAUGCACCUGUACUUCAACAUGGCCUCCCUUCUUUGGAAAGGCAUCAAUUUGGAGAGGAAACUGGGAGGGCCUUGGUUCGCAUACCUGCUGUCUGUCUUCUCUGUGCUCACCGGAUUGGCCUACCUGCUCUUGGAGGUGGGACUGACGCACAUGACAGAAGAUUCCUCGUACAGUUUGCAGUGUGCGGUGGGCUUCUCAGGUGUUCUGUUUGGGCUGAAGGUGGUGAAUAAUCAUUAUCAUCCAGGUAGCACCGCUUACAUCAUGGGUCUGCCUGUUUCCAGUCGCUACGCCUGCUGGGUGGAGUUGAUCCUCAUCCAUAUCAUGAACCCAGGCACCUCAUUUGUCGGACACCUGGCUGGCAUUCUAGUUGGACUGCUCUACACAAAAGGACCUCUGAAAUAUCUCAUGAAUACAUGUGCAAGUUUUGUGACAUCGAAUGGCAAUUACGGAAGCCAGCGGACAUACAGUUCCUCAGGAUACAGUGGUUAUGGGUCACCAUAUCCUCCAAACUCUUAUGGUCAGCAGUCAUUUUAUCCCAGGCAUGAUAACACCCCAUACAGGGACACAUACAACACACACAUGCCCUCUGCACCUCCCCAGCACUCGUAUUCGGCUGGUAUGUCCGAUGAGGAACAGUAUGAGGCAGCUGUCAGGGCCAGUCUGAACGACAGAGGGAGAUCUAUGCCAACAAGAUCACAUGGCCUCUCUGACCCAAUCGCCGAAGAGGUCCGCUGGCGUCGACUUCAAAGAUUUAACAGCUAAGCGUCUACUAUAUAGAAAACACAGGACAAACAUUGAGAAAUUACUGUUAGAUGGUUAACAGUAAAGAAUGUACAAAUGAUGCAAAAAUAAGAUGAAAGGAUUCUAAUGGUUGGUAAAAUAGGCUUUAUGAUGUCACAUGGGAAUUUGCAUUGGAAAAUAUUUUUACUUUAGUGAUGAUGAUUAUAAGUGGCUUUCCAUGCAGUAUAUUGAAUGUGUAAAAUGAUCAUUGUUAAUCUGCCAACACGAAUUGCUAUUCUUACAUUAAAAGGACUUGCAAUGUUUUAAAAACUUUAAAAAUACCAUUUCUCAAGACAAUAUUUUUUUUAAAAAAAACAAUAAAACAUUUUUCAUAUA